GUCACGAUACCGUCUCUCAGUCAGCCUAUAUAAGCAGCAGAAAGUUCCCCAAACACCCAGCAAAACAGAAAGUCGCAACAGACGAGAGGAAAAGCUCAGUUUUUUCCUUUUUGCGUAAAAAGAAGAAGUUGCCCAGCCGGUUCCAGCCAUGGAGAUGUCGGUCAAGUUCGCCGUGGUGUGCGUCGGAGUGUCUCUGCUCGUGUCCUGGCAGCCAGUGGAAGCCUGGUACAAGCAGUCCACCGGACCCAGCUACUACUCGGUGGGCCGAGCCUCCGGGCUGCUGUCCGGGAUCAGGAGGUCGCCUUACGUCCGGAGGUCCGAGUCCGAGGAGACGCUGAUGGACAGCGGAGAGACGGCAGGUAACAACGUGAUGCCAGAGACUAACAGGCAGAUCUCCAUCCUCAAAAGCAUGGCCAUCUGUGUGAAGGACAUCUCUCCAGACUUGAAGAGCUGCGAGCUGCUGCGAGACGGGACGGGCACUUUCCAGUGCAAGGCGGACGUCUUCCUCACCCUGGACUCCCUGGACUGCCUGUCCGCGUGAGACCGGCGGAGUCAGUCCUCGUCCUCCACCGAGCCCCGUGAGCGCUUCUCUGGAAACGAGAAAAAAUGAAGGAAAGUGAUGGAUGAGUGUGUGAAGGAGGGGGUGAUAGCAGCAGAGGAAAACCUGAUCACUGUCGACGAUGGACCGCUGCAGACUCUGAAUGUUCUCUUAUAGUUAAAAAAAACAAACAUUGUUCAGUUUUUGCUUUAGUUGUGUAAACAGGAGUAUAAAAGAAACAAGUUCUUCUUUCCAGAUGACUUCCCACCUUUAGUGUUUAACCCCUGACAUGUACCCUCUGUUGCCAAAAUGUAUUAAAUGUCCAGAAAGUUGACUGCAGAGCAGAUUUACUGGAAAGUACUUUUAUUUAUUUUAUCUAUUAAAAUGAACAAACACUGGUAA